CUCUAGUAAAACAAGCAGAGGGGGGAACACGCAAGGCGUUGCGAGUUCUCGGCGCAGUUAAACUGAAGCUUGCUAUGCGCGCAGAGUUUGUGCUCGACACAGCUGGCCAGUUUUACAGUGAGGAGACACGGAGACGACUCAAAAUCAUUUGAAAGUCUAGAGAAGGAGAAUGGCGGAAUGUCAGAAUGCCUCGUGCGCACUUUCGAGGCGGCAGAAGUGAGCCGAUAACCAUAACCGGCGAAGAAGGCGAUCUGCGUUCAGCAACAGGGAGAAACUUCUAAGAGACAAGAGAAGGAGCUGUGGACUGUGUGAGUUAUCCUGUGCCCUCUCAUCUCGAAAUGAACUGUCACUCGGCACUACGAUGGUUGGUGAUUUUAUGCGCUUUCUUUCAAAUGGACUCAUCCCGGGAUACGCACGAGAGGACGCGGCAAUGUGACAAGCAUGUGUCGCAAAAAGACAUGAACUCUUUCCUGUGGACCGUGAAGCGGCCUCCUCCUCACCCUCCGUCCUACUUGUUUGGAACAAUCCACGUCCCCUACACCCGAGUCUGGGAAUACAUCCCUGAGAGUUCCAAACGUGCCUUUCAGACCAGCACCAAUGUGUUCUUCGAACUGGAUCUCACAGAUCCGCUAACUAUCUCAAAACUAACCAGCUGCCAGCUGCUACCCAAUGGAGAAAACCUGCAGACGUUACUUCCGCGUGAUCUUUACCGCCGCCUUAAGCGCCACCUGGACUACGUCAAACACAUGAUGCCCAUGUGGAUGACUGCGGACCAGCGUGGCAGGGGGCUUUAUGCCGACUACCUCUUCAACGCCAUUGCGGGCAACUGGGAACGCAAGCGACCCGUUUGGGUGAUGCUGAUGGUGAACUCGCUGACGGAAGCAGACGUGCGUUCGCGGGGAACGCCUGUCCUUGACCUCUUCUUGGCGCAGGAGGCUGAACGUCUCAGGAAGCAGACGGGGGCUGUUGAGAUGGUAGAGGAACAGUGUCAUCCACUAAAUGGACUCAACUUUUCACAGGUGCUGUUUGCUCUAAACCAGACUCUACUCCAGCAUGAGAGUUUGCGUGCAGGCAUUAUGCAGGGCACCUAUACCACUGAGGACCUCAUCAUGCACUACAACUGUGGUGACCUCAACUCCAUCAUCUCAAACCAUGACACGUCACAGCUUCCGCAUCUCAUCAACAGUACCCUGCCAGAUCACGAGCGCUUGACUGCGCAGCAGAUUGACAGUUACCUGCGUCAGGAGCUCAUUUACAAACGCAAUGAGCGGAUGGCACGCCGUGUCUCCGCCCUCCUGCAGAGAAGCCCCACACAGAGCUUCUUCUUUGCUUUUGGAGCUGGUCAUUUCCUGGGGAACCACAGUGUGCUCGACAUUCUGCGCCAGGAGGGUUACGUAGUGACCCACACGCCAGCGCAAGAGCCCAUUACAGAGAGCUGGUCUAAGAUGGAGGUGACCACUACGAUUCCCACUGAGGGGAUUUCUGAACCCAUGACAGAUUGGACAUCAGAACCUUCUGAGCUGGAGGAGGAGAAUCAUGAGGAGCUUACCCACUUACUGUUGCCAGACAGUCUCAGCCAGCUAGAGGAGUUUGGCCGGUACAAGCACCCCCGUAAAACACACCGUGCACACAGUCGACCGCGGCUGUUCAGUGACUUGUGGGUGCGCAUAGGAGACAGUACGACGCCUAAUCCGAACAUCAGGAUAACCAAUGGCUAUGUGACCGUGGACCCUCCUCAAAAACAACAAGAACAUCAACUGAGAAGAACGCCACUAGGAAAUGCACUGAGGCUCCCCAGCCAGCCCACAACCCCCAGUGCACUUGACUCUGCUGUUCCAAACCCAAGAUACGCGCUGACUUCCCUUUUGGUCUGUUGUCUCAUCUCACAACUGCUUUUCACUCCCUGAGAUGGUGAAGGGUCCCUUGGAAGCUCGCAACCAAUCGGAGCCAGAUUAGUAUCUGAGUGCCUUUGCAGAACAAAAUAAAAGGAGUCAAAGAACUUUUAGGUACUGCUUAGAUCAAUUUUGGUGUUGAGCAAAUGCUGGUUGUAACUGUUACAUCUAGCGAAAUGGAAUCGGUACAAAAAAUCAUAACAGAGAACAUCUGGUUAUACAUAUGAGAUGGUUGUACUUAAAGCUGAUCCCUGGAAUGUAAUAAUCAGCUUUAGUGAAUUACAGAUUGCGCCUUUUGUGAAUGCUAAGUGACUGUUCCCUUCUGCCCUAUCAAAGCAGACAGCAAAAUAUGAAUGUGCUUUUUUCUUAUGAAUGAAAUGGGGCAACAGAAGGUUAUAUGCAUAAAUAUCAGUAUCUUGUUAAGGUUCAAGCCAGUCACCUAAAUUAUAUAAUAGAGACUGUUAUUAUGUGAUAUGAUCACUAAUAGAUAACUGAUUAACUUUAAAUAGUUCACACAGAGAUGACACUUAUGAUUUGUAAAUUGUGCAUUUGUUCAUACAGAAGUUUUAUAUUUAUUAUUUCAUGAAGAGUAUAUUUUUCAUGCAUUUUCAAGUAAUAAAAUUAACAGA